AUGACCGACGCCGACAAGUACACAGUGAUUACUGAGGGCAAGGCCAACAUUCUCUUCCCCAAAGAGAACCAGGUGUUUUAUAACCCCGUUCAGCAGUUCAACAGAGACCUCUCCGUCACUUGCAUUCGGGCCUGGUCUGAGAUCUGGGCCGAAGAGAAGGCCAAGAAGAACAAGAAGCGAAAGCGAGAUGAGAAAGAAAAUGAGGAGUCUGGAAAGCCUCACAUUCCCGAAUUCAACAUUCUUGAGGCUCUUUCUGCUUCUGGUCUGCGAGCCAUCCGAUAUGCCAAGGAGAUUCCUGGUGUCAAGAACAUCAUAGCCAAUGACUUCUCCAAGGACGCUGUUGCUAGCAUUGAGAGAAACGUGGCUCACAACAAGGUCGAGGAGCUGGUCACCCCCAACGAAUCCGACGCCAACCUCGUCAUGUACGGCAAGCAGUUCCAGGUCAUUGAUCUUGACCCCUACGGAUCGGCCACUCCCUUCAUUGAUGCUGCUGUCAGAAGCGUCGAUGAGGACGGCCUACUUCUGGUGACUUGUACCGACCUAGCUGUUCUAGCAGGAAACUCCCAUCCUGAAAAGUGCUUUUCUUCCUACGGAGGACAGACCUUCCAUGGAGGAGAUGCCACACACGAGAGUGCUCUCCGUCUCGUCUUGCAUAUGAUUGCCGGCACCGCUGCAAAGUACGGCAAGUGCAUUGAGCCCCAGCUGUCGCUAUCAAUCGACUUCUACGUACGACUUUUUAUUCGGGUUAAGACCUCCCCCAUCAAGGUUAAGGAGCUCGCCUCCAACACCAUGGUCACGUACCACUGCACUGAGACUGGUCAGUGGAAGAACCAGUACUUUGGCCGAAAGGUGCAGCGAGAAAAGGGACCCAAGUUCACAUACAAUACCAUGGACCGAUCUCUGCCUGACUUCUCCGACCCAGAGCUCCACUACUACAUCAACGGACCCAUGUGGGGCGGUCCUCUGCAUAAUAAGGAAUUCAUCGACAAGGCUCUCGAGGUGCACUCCACUCUCGAUCCAGAUGUUUACGGAACCCUCAAGCGAAUCAAGGGUAUGCUUACGGUGGCCAAGAACGAGAUUUACGAGCCCUUCUACUUCUCUCCAGCUCGAAUGAGCCAGCUUACCAAGUGCCCCAACUUCAAGCAGGCUGAGCUGGCCUCGGCCAUUCUGAACGCCGGCUACGACGUGUCCAUGUCCCACGCCUCCCACGAAUGCCUCAAGACUUCGGCUCCUUUUGAUGUUAUCAUCGACAUCUACAAGUUCCAUCUCAAGAAGCAGGGCCUGGAACUGUCCAAGAACCUCAAGCCCUGGGGCAGAAAGCUCAUGGAGACCCCUCUCAAGGGAGAGUACGACUUCACCAUCCACCCCAAGGUUCAAGAGAUGGAGAAGACGAAGAAGAGCCGAACUCUGGUCCGAUACCAGGAGAACCCCACCAAGAACUGGGGACCCAAGGCCCGUGCUCAGGGAACUCACGUCUAA